AUGGGAGACUCGCCAGAAUUCAAGUUCGUCGUCGACAUGCCCAAAAACGCCGCGAGGAUCGAUGAAAAGGAAUGGGAACGCCUCAAAGACACCAUUCUCGGCAGGUACACGGGGGGGAUGAAGCUCGAGGACGUCAUGGAGUUCAUGAAAGAAGAACACAACUUCACAGCAACAAAGCGGCAGUACGUCCACCGCAUAGGGAUGAUAUGGGGAGUGAGGAAGUACAGGGCGGGUGCCGCCAAAAAGGGCACCAAAAAGCCCGGCCAUAGAUCCACCUCUCCGGAAGGGGAGACGAAACCGUCCGCUGCUGCUGUCGCUCCCGCUGUCGCUCCCGCUCCCGUUCCCGCUACCUCUCCUCCUGCAGGCAGCCGACGAACAGCAGGUCUGGGCCUCGCCGACUCCCAGACAGCUCGUACGACAACAGCGUAUGUCCGCGAUGUCAAGCCCGGCCAACUAGCUACCGCACAGACCUACAGUCCUGCUAUGGGUGGCGAAGAGAAGAAGCGUCUGUAUCACCAGGUCGCCAACUUUUUGGCCGCCUUGGGAGACGGCAAGUCUUGCUACCAAAUUUGCGCUUUACUCUACCAGGCCCGAACACUGCAGGACCACGUCCCGGACGAAACACACCUUGACCAUGUUGUCGCCUGCAACCAGACCCAACAGACCGACAAACAUUCCGAAGAGGUGCUCGCCAUGCUGCAAGACAACGUCGACCACCUGCUAGACCCGGAUGGUAGCGAUAUGACUUGGCAGACCUGCUUCUUUGACCUGCUGCAGGCGCACGCGUACGAUCGGGGUCACGACGAGAAAGCCGCUAUUGGACAGAUCAUCAGGUUCGUCAACACGUAUCUUGAGCCGGACCUGGUUCUCAAGAUAAUACCCGGCCGCGGCUACCCCGUCGACAUCCAAGCCUACCAAUAUCUCAGUUACUCUCUGAUACGGUACAACGACAACAUCCAUGCGACAAAAGGCCACGACUUCGUAGAUACGGCUACGAUUCUAGACCAGUUUAUCGGCCAACAGCCAGCAUUCGCCACCAAGAACCCUCUGCUCUUGAGCUGCCUUGGCGACUGUCGUGCUUGGUGCAUCAGUGUGCUCGAAUGUGGUCCUGCAAUCCCAGGCAAGAUCCGGCAUGCCCGUGCUGGCCAGGUUGGCGCCACGUACCAGAUUUUGUGCACCCUUUGGUACAUCUGGAUGAGCGAACUCUUCCCCCGCUCCUUAUCCCAUGCCCGUGGAGGGAGCAGCCGUCGGGCGUACCCUCUGGCGAACUGGGCCGACGACGUCAAGCCACAGCUGGGCAUCUCGCCGAGUGAACUGCUUACAACUGUCGUCUGUAUGAUCAUGGCGGCCGCUCCAUUCCCGCACGACGAUCACGCUGCUCCCGACUUCAUUGAACAAGCUCUGGCGGGUGCGCGCGACCUUGAUGCAGUUAGCCCCGAGGACUUGAUCCGACGCUUCCUCGAUCAGGUUCGCGAAACCAGCGACCGGCGCUUAACCACCCAGGUUGUCGAUGAGCGUGACAAGGUCGGGGUUGCCGAAAUUAUCCAAGCAAGGAAGAUAGCUGCCCCGUUCCGCAACUUCAUCGCCUCUGCCUUCGGCGACAUCGAGCUGCCAGCGCUUGACAAGGACGCCAUUGUCAUCCCGGUCGCGCUGACCACCGCCAGAGAGGUCGAUCGAGAGGACGGGAGAGAGCAUGAGAUGCUAUCGGACCCCUUGUCGCCAAUACGGCCAGCGCUGCAAACUAGCGACAGCCAGUAUCCGGCGGUCCCGCCCAUGUACUCGGCCCGCUUGCAGCCAACAGCCGUUGACCACCACCACAUGCUGAAGUUGCAGAUCAACGAAAGAGGUGGGCGUCGUAGAGCACAGAGUGACGGCGGCGGCGCCGCUGCCGAGCCACCGGAUUUUGACUAG